AAUAGCUAUGGCGACAGUCGCCCGUCUGCUGAUUUGCAACCCGCCGAAACAGCAUCGGGGAAGAAGGAGGCCUUCGAUCGGUUCGCCAUGGACUGUUCCAGGAUCAGUGCGGUUUAAAUAGGACUUUAACUGUAGCGCGGAUUUUAUGGAGGAAUCAGACACUGUUCUGAUUGGUCACACUUCAACAAAGCCAUCUAAAUAAUUGGUGUAGUUACUGGGAUUUUUUAAGAAGAAAACCAAGGAAAACCUUGCAAAUGGAUCCAUCCUCUGGAAUGCACAUGUCUGUUCCUCAAAACAGUGAGGUGGUCCACGUGGCUGUCGGGAAUCCUAUCAUAACAAUGUACCAGACUCCACCGCAGGGCCCCAAUAUUGCACAGAUCAUCACACAACAAGUCAUACCCCAAGAUGUGACCUGUCAAACUGUACCACAUUCAAUUGCUUCACAGGUUCAGAUCGCAUCACAAGUGCAGGCUUCAUUGCACGCCCAUGGUCAUGGACGGGGUCAAUCUCAAAGUCACGGCCAGUCGCAGAGUCAUGUGCAAUCCCAAAGUCAUAGCCAGUCACAGAGUCACAUGCAGUCUCAAAGUCAUGUACAGUCACAAAGUCACAUGCAGUCUCAAAGUCAUGGACAAUCACAAAGUCACUUGCAGUCUCAAAGUCAUGGACAAUCACAAACUCAUGUGCAGUCUCAAAGUCAUGGACCAUCACAAGUUCAUGUGCCACAAAGCGAGAGUGUCGCAGCAUCUCAGGAUGGUGCCAGAUCAUCACUGCAGGUGCCCUUUGCAGAGGUUGCUUCUCUGUUGGAUCCUAACAUGAAGAGCUCUAAAGCCAGAAAGUACCAAAUCCAUUAUGAGGAAGUAAAGCGAAGACUGGAGCCACCUGAGAAGAUGUCACUCAGAUCUCUGGCUGCCUACACUAGAGUAAGUCGAGGUCCAGCCAGUAAAAAAACCCUCCUGGAAUCGCUGAAUGUGUUUGGCCUGUCACCAAGCACUAACACAGCAGUGUCUAGUACGUUCUCCAAACUGACAGAAGGUGACACAGCAGCACUCUGUAAAGACAUGAAGGACUUUUCCUUACAGUAUGUGGAUUAUGAAAAUAUGGCAAAACAGUUACUGCCGGAGACAAACCAAGUUCAGCACUGGUCAAAAAUAAUUGAGACAAGAAAUUAUCUGGAAGAGAUGCGUAAAGUUUUCAAAGACCCCACUAACAGCCGCUUAUUCUCCAACGUCACACACGGCCUCGGUAAUGGCAUGAUGGAUGUUGCCCUUGACAUCAUUGAUACCGUCAUUGACCGGCAGAUCCGCAUCCUCUCUGGGAACACAGAUCCCAAACCUGAGCCACCUAUCAGGAGGAUCCGAAAACGCACACGAAAACCAAAGACUGCCGUCGAGGAUGGCAAACCUAAAGAGAAGGCCAAAAGAGGCAGAAAGAAAGGCAAACAGAUGAGACUGGACACUGUCGAACCACAGGGUCCACAAGCCACAGACAUAGAGAGCAGCGUACUGACUCUGGUUUCAGUAGGAUAUGAGACCAUAUCGAGCGGCCUCAGUGGCACCAGCACGGGUUUAUCAUAGUGCUGAGUGUGAUGGAUGUUGCAAGCACAAUGUGCAUGCUGAGUGUUGACUUGAAGCACAUUUUAGCUUUGUGUUUUUUUUUUUUUCAUCUGAAUGUUCUAUGUAUUUUUGUUAGUCGUCUAAAAUGUUUGUAUUAAGAAGGGUGAGUGGUUUAUAUCAUCUUUUUUUUUUAUUAUGCAUUAUGUUUUUUGUAAAAUUUUUAAUUUUUUCUGUUAAUGAUAAACAAAAAAAUAAAGAUCAAGUAUAAACAGGAUCUAUAAUUUAGAAUUUUGUAUAAGCAGGAUCUAUAAUUUUGAAAGAAAUCAAACCCAGCGCUUUGUGAAGUGCAGAGUAUGAUUCAGAUAUUUAAAAAAUGUUAUUGAAACAUGAAACAUAAUUUGGCCUCCUGCUAUUGUCGCCAGAGUCCAUUUUAUUUGGAACAUUUCAUAAUUUUUAAAACAAAGGGGAAUAUUUUGAUUUUUUCGACUAUUUAUAUAUUUCUUUCUUUUUCAUUAUAAUCCAUGCAUAUUUAAGGAAUUAGUGGUCAACUGUAGAUUGUAUUUAGAAAGAUAUUCAUACUGCUUCUACUGUAUGUAUGUGUGUAUUAAAUUUUUCAUACAUUUAUUUUUCUGGCUUCCUAUUUAAUAGUGUUGUGUAGUCACUCUAUCACUC